AUGGCGGAGCCUAACCCCGCCGAGACCGGCGAGGUGAAGACCCUCUGGGUCGGAGACCUGGGCUACUGGAUGGAGGAGUCGUAUCUGCACACCUGCUUCGCGCACUUCGGCGCGAUCGGGAGCGUGAAGAUCAUCAGAAACAAACAGACGGGCUUCAGCGAAGGGUACGGCUUCGUCGAGUUCGUCGAUCGCGCCACCGCCGAGCACGCGCUGAAGACGCUCAACGGAACGCCGAUGCCCUCGGCGCAUCAGAAUUUUCGCCUCAACUGGGCGUCGUUCGGCGUCGGCGGCGGCGCGGGCGGCGCGGGCGGCGCCGCCAACGACCACAGCGUCUUCGUCGGCGACCUGCCCCCGGAGGUUAACGACUACGCCCUGCAGGAGACGUUCGCGGAGAGGUACCCCUCCGUGCGGAACGCUCGGGUGGUGACGGACCCCAACACGGGCAGGAGUAAGGGCUUCGGGUUUGUCCGCUUCGGCGACGAGGGCGAGCGGGACAGGGCGCUCGUCGAGAUGAACGGCGUGCCGUGCGGAUCGCGAGUGAUGCGGAUCUCGCUCGCGAUCCCCCGCAAGGGCGUCGACGGCGUCGGAGGUGGAGGAGUCGGUUCCAACACUGGAGUCGGUUCCAACGGAGUCGGCGGUUCCCCGGCGCCCGAGCCCGAGAACAGCACCGUCUUCGUCGGCGGGCUGGACCCCACGCUGACGGAACCGGACCUCCGCACGCACUUCGAGGCGUUCGGGGAGCUGGUGUAUGUCAAGAUCCCCGCGGGUAAGGGCUGCGGGUUUGUUCAAUUCACGCGUCGCGCCGACGCGGAGGCUUCCAUCCAGGCGCUGAACGGGACGAUGAUGGGGGCUUCGCGGGUGAGGCUCUCGUGGGUGAGGUCGGGCGGCGGCGGCGGUGGGCGCCACACGGGGCCUUUUGGCGGGGGCUCACCGUACGGGAUGCCCUACGGCGGCUACCCGCCGUACGCCAUGGCUGGCGCGUACGGGGUGGACCCGUCGUGGGCGGCGGCGCAGGCGCAAUACGCGGCGGCGGCGCAGUACGCGUCGAUGCAGGCUGCGUACUACGGCGGCGCCGCGGCCGGCAUGGCGCACGGCGCGCCCCCGCCCCCGCCGCCGAUGCCGGUGACCAUGCCGGGCACGCCCGGGGGGCCGGUGCCCCCGGGCGCGGUGCCAACGCCGGGAACUUCCAGCGGGAGCAACGGGCAGGGCAGCCCCAACGCGCCGGGUGGAGUCGCGGCGGCGAACGCCGCGUACGUGGCUCAGCACGAGCGCAGCAUGAUGGGUCGACACGUGUGGAUGUCCGCGCAGCAGGGCGGAUACUGAGGCGUUCGGAACCCUAGGCACGCACGGACGCACGCGCCAGACGCGGACGGACAGGACAAUUUUUUCUCAUAAAAAAACAGCAAAUCGCAAAGGACCGAACCCGAAACCCGACAUCCAUUAAUAACGGGUCCCGGCCCGAGUCGGAGUCAAACACAAACGCGAAGGAGCAAUACACGUCGUUAUAUGCGCGGUCAGAUGGCGCCCGCCUGGCCGACGGCGUACACGACGUACCCGGUGGCUCCGAUGACGGCGACCAGCACGCCGUAGAGGAAUCCCUGCCCGAGCACCGGCACCGGCUGCUCCUCCGCCUUCUCCACGUACCCCCUGUCCAGGUACUCGCCCUUGGCGAAUAUGUUCUCGCCGAAGAAACCGCUCUUGGUGCCGCCCACCUUGCGCUUGAGCGCGCCGUACUGCUCGCGGGACAUCUUGUCGCCCUUGCCCAUCCGCUUCGCCGCGGCGAGGAGGCCCCGGUCCUCCUUGAUGUCCUCCUCGAAGUUCACCGCGGAGAGCGCGUUGAAGAGGAAGAGGGACACGCCGCCCUUCUCCUGCGCCUCGAACUUGGCCUUGCUCUUGGCGCGCUGCUUCUUGAUGCGAGCGUACGCCUCGGAUUUGCUCUCCUCGAACACAACCUCGACGCCGCCCCCGGGGUCCUUGCGGCCGAAGAGGGCGUUGGUGCGGACGGGGCCGCCCCGGGUGGAGGAGGCCCUGGAUCGCCCGGCGGCGGGCGCCCUGAGUGCGGCGCGAUCGCCGGAGACGGCGGCGAUCGAGGAGAGGGCGAUGGCGGACAUGUUAUCUGAU